GAGCGCUGUAUUUUCUGCCUGUCUAUAUUUGGAUCUGUGUGCGUUUAACGGCAGUAAAUACGGAUUGGCUGAAUCGUUAAUUAUAGAUAUUGCAGACUGGAUCUUUACAUAUGUAUACUAUCUCCAAUUGGAAUAAAUAAUUGAGGAAUGUGGAAAUUACAGAAUGCCCAACAGCGUUGGAAAGAGAUUUAAACCCACCAAAUACAUCCCGGUAUCCACUGCAGCCACUCUUCUUGUGGGAUCCACCACCUUAUUCUUCGUUUUUACGUGCCCCUGGUUGACCAAAGCGAUCUCCCCCGGUGUGCCUCUCUACAAUGGCGUCGUCUUCCUCUUUGUGCUGGCCAACUUCAGCAUGGCUACCUUCAUGGACCCUGGAGUCUUCCCCAGAGCGGAGGAGGACGAGGACAAGGACGAUGAUUUCCGGGCGCCUCUCUACAAGAAUGUGGAGAUCAAGGGAAUUCAGGUCCGGAUGAAGUGGUGUGCCACCUGUCACUUCUACAGACCGCCCCGCUGCUCCCACUGCAGCGUGUGUGACAACUGCGUGGAGGACUUUGACCACCACUGCCCCUGGGUGAACAACUGCAUCGGACGCAGGAACUACCGUUACUUCUUCCUGUUCCUGCUGUCGCUAAGCAUCCACAUGGUCGGCGUGUUCUCCUUCGGCCUACUGUUCGUGCUGCACCACAUGGAGGGGCUGGGCACGCUGCAUACUACCAUCACUCUGGUGGUGAUGUGUAUAGCAGGGCUCUUCUUCAUUCCAGUCAUGGGCCUGACAGGCUUCCAUAUGGUCCUUGUCGCCAGAGGUCGCACCACUAACGAACAGGUGACGGGCAAGUUCCGCGGAGGAGUAAAUCCCUUCACGCAGGGUUGCUGUGGCAACAUCAAGUAUGUCCUGUGUGCUCCCUUGGUGCCCAGGUACACAGGUGUGGACCCCAGGAAGAAGCCCCCUGUCUCCAUCCAGCCCCCCUUCAUCAGACCAGACAUCUCUGACAGACGGAUCAGCAUCAAGGUCAGCGACAACGGGAUCCACACCAGUAUCCUCCGGUCUAAAUCCAAGAUCAGUCUGGAUGGCCUGGCCUUGGAUGAUAAAGGCCUAGACACCCAGCCCCCGCUGCCCCCAACAGACCGCUACAACCAGCUGAAGAGCCAGCUGACAUCCAGCAAAGAUAGUUCCCUAACUGGCAAGACCCACCCCUCAACCCCGGCCAUGUACAAGUACCGGCCCUCGUUCGGCACCAUCCCUAAAGUCCACUACAAAGCGGCAGGGGAGAAGAUUGUAAUGCCAGAUGACCACCAUAAGGCGUCAGCCAUCUUGGAGGAGGGCCGUUGCCACGUUGACUACCGCUCAGAGCCCAACCUGGACCUGCCUGACUACCACAAUGCCCCUCUCCACCGUACCUUCCAGUCCUCCCCACUGCAGUUGGACUCCUACCUCAUCAACUCCCGCUCCCUCAGCCUGAAGCAGGCCCACCAGCGCAGGGACAAGGGCCAGCUGCCUACCCUGCAGCCCGAGACCGCCACCUCCACCCCCUACAAGAGCGUCUUCUCCCCCAACACACUGUCCAACCGUAACGGCAGCCUCUCCUACGACAGCCUGCUCAACCCCAGCAUUUCCCCAGCCACAGAGGCAGAGUGCAUGGCCCACCCCGGUAUGCCCUUUAUGGGCUUCCACACACCCUACCUGCCAACCAAAAUGUGCCAUGUGCGGGGGCCUGAACUGCAGAGCCAGAGGCAGCAGGUCCCCCCUAGCUUCAACCCCAUGUUGGGCUCCAGGGGGAUAGGGAUGAGCAUGAGCAGGCAGUCCCCCCGGGACCGGGACCCGUCCCCGGUGCGCUACGACAACCUCUCCAAAACCAUCAUGGCAUCCAUCCAGGAGCGUAAGGAGAUGGAGGAGAAGGAGAAGCUGCUGCUGCACCAUGGGGGACACUCUCAGGCUCAGGCCUAUAAUCAGGCUCAGGACUCAGGCAUGUUUGACAGCCCUGGAGGGUACGGCCUGCCUCCUAGCGCCUGCUACCCAGACGGGCCCCGGGGCCCGAGCUCCAAAGGCCCCACACCCCCGGCCUAUGGAGGCUCCAGGGACAACCUGAUGGGGGUGGUGAGCUACGGGCCACGGACCCCCGUGCUGCGCUCCUCUGGUGGCUCCUCUCUGGUACGUGCCCCCAGGACUUCCUCCAGCUCCUUGCACACUGACAGCAGCAUGCAGGGAGGAAGGGCCUCCGAGCCCUCCUACCGCUCCCCAGCCCAUCAGCCCCACCACUCCCCCGCCAUGCCCCAAUCCCCCUCCUACACCCACCAGAAACUCUCCUUUAUCCAUGCCCUGGAGAGGACAGACUCACCCCGCCUGGGUGGCCCAAGAGAGGCCAUGAUGCAAAGUAAAGUGAAUGGGCAAACGGACUGCCAUCUAGGGCCCAACAGCUCCAGUGCCCAGGGCAACCCUCUCAGCCCUAGCCGCCACAGUAAUGUCAAAAAGGUGACCGGGGUGGGUGGCACCACCUAUGAGAUAUCUGUGUGAGAGGGCUGGGGCCCGGGGCACCAAACCUUAAAGGAGAAGGCAGCAUUGUCAUGGCAACCACCUCCAAUGGCAACAACAUCCACGACCGCACUAGAGAGGAUUCUCUUCUUCCUUUUACCGUUUUUAAUUCGAUAUUAACCAAUCAGGGGCGCAGAGCACUUCCUCAUUGGGAAUUAUUGUCCAAUCAGAGGACUUCUGCUCAUUCUGGGCCAGCCCCGGUCUCUGUGUGUCUGUACUGGAGGAGUGGAUAUUGAUCAGUGUGUGUUGUGGGAAAAGAGCAACUUCAACCUAAAGAGGGCUGAUGUUUGUACAGGGUGUUGUGUUGUUGAAUUCUGUGGCUUGUUGUGUUGGUUAUCACUGAACAGUCUGAAUCAGACAGACAGAUCUUAAAUGUAUUGUUUACGGCGUCUCUCAGUUGCGGUCUAUCUGCUGUUAUAAAUUGGGCGGAUCGAGCCCUGAAUGCUGAUUGGCUGAAAGCUGUGGUAUAUCAGACCAUAUACCACAGGUAUGACAAAACAUUUAUUUUUACUGUUCUAAUUACGUUGAUAACCAGUUUAUAAUAGCAAUAAGGCACCUCGGGGGGUUUGUGGUAUAUGGCCAAUAUACCACAGCUGAGGGUUGUAUCCUAGCACUCUGCGUUGCGUUGUGCAUACAAACAGCCCUUAGCCGUACCUCCCUUAGCCGUGGUAUAUUGGCCUUAUACCACACCCCACACGGGCCUUAUUCCUUAAUUAUGUGUCAUCAUCACACUCACUACACACUCACUACACACCCACAGACCACAAGAUUUUAACAGCCAGACACACAAACUCAUACAAUUGAUGUCACACAUCUUUGUUCAGUCACAUUCUUUAAAAUAGCAGUGGUAUGGAUAGCCAUCUCCAAACCAAAAAGUUAUGCGUACAGCAGCACCCCAUUGGAUUCAAGCAUACAGCAUCCCUCUUAGGUAUGCAAAUUGCUUCACAUAUCCUGUCCAAAUGACCAUGUCUGUCUGGUCCAUCAACAACAUGUUGGCCAUUACUGAGUGGAACAGAGGGAAGAUUACAUUAAACCAGUGAGUUUUAGAUCAAUACAAUCUUUAAUAGGCUGACUGAUCUGAGCCAAAGACAACACAACGGUGCUGUGUGGCACUCAGAGACACGGGUCUUGAAUGUCUCCUAAUCUACAUUUAUCCUCUGAGUUUUGAGGAGGUGUUGUAGGGCUUACAGUGCAGGAGCAUAUUAAUCCAAACUCUAGCUGAGAUCCAGUAUUUACCUAUACAGUAUACCAUAAGCUACAGUCUGUACGUUAUCAGCAACAUACAGUGCCUUCGGAAAGUAUUCAGACACCUUGACCUUUUCCACAUUUUGUUACGUUACAGCCGUAUUCUAAAAUUGAUUAAAAUAAAUGUUUUCCCUCAUCAGUCUACACACAACACCCCAUAAGGACAAAGCGAAAAGAGGUUUAUAGAAAUGUUAGCAUAUUUAUAAAAAAUGUCAAACAGAAAUACCUUAUUUACAUAAGUAUUCAGACCCUUUGCUAUGAGACUCGAAAUUGAGCUCAAGUGCAUCCUGUUUCCAUUGAUCAUCCUUGAAAUGUUUCUACAGCUUGAUUGGAAUCCACCUGUGGUAAAUUCAAUUGAUUGGACAUGAUUUGGAAAGGCACACACCUGUCUAUAUAAGGUCCCACAGUUGACAGUGCAAACCAAAGCAAAAACCAAGCCAUGAGGUCAAAGGAAUUAUCCGAAGAGCUGCAAGACAGGAUUGUGUUGAGGCACAGAUCUGGGGAAGGGUACCAAAACAUUUCAGCUGAAUUGAAGGUCCCCAAGAGCACAAUGGCCUCCAUCAUUCUUAAGUGGAAGAAGUUUGGAACCACCUAGGCUCUUCAUAGGGCUAGCCGCCUGGCCAAACUGAGCAAUCGGGGGAGAAGGCCCUUGGUCAGAUAGGUGGCCAAAAAACCAAUGGUCACUCUGACAGAGCUCCAGAGUUCCUAUGUGGAAUUGGGAGAACCUUCCAGAAGGACAACCAUCUCUGCAGCACUCCACCAAUCAUAACUUUAUGGUAGAGUGGCCAAACAGAAGCCAAUCCUCAGUAAAAGGCACAUGGCAGUCCACUUGAAGUUACAAGAUUAUUUGGUCUGAUGAAACCAAAAUUGAACUCUUUGGCCUAAAUGCCAAGCGUCACAUCUGGAGGAAACCUGGUACCAUUACUACGGUGAAGCAUGGUGGUGGCAGCAUCAUGCUGUGGGGACGUAUUUCAGCAGCAGGGACUGGGAGACCAGUCAGGAUCGAGGGAAAGAUGAACGGAGCAAAGUACAGCGAGAUCCUUGAUGAAAACCUGCUCCAGAGCGCACAGGAUCUCAGACCGGGGUGAAGGUUCGUCUUCCAACAGGACAACGACCCUAAGUACACAACCAAGACAACGCAGCUUGAGAGGAUAUGCAGAGAAGAAUGGGAGAAACACCCCAAAUACAGGUGUGCCAAGCUUGUUCCAUCAUACCCAAGAAGACUGUCAAGAAGACUGUCUAGGCUGUCUUCGCUGCCAAAGGUCCUUCAACAAAGUACUGAGUAAAGGGUCUGAAUACUUAUGGAAAUGUAAUAUUUCUGUUUUUUUUUAUUGUUUUUUAAUAAAUUAGCAAAAAAUUCUAAAAACCUGUUUUUGCUUUGUCGUUAUGGGGUAUUGUGUGUAGAUUGAUGAGGGAAAAAUACUUUCCCAAUGCACUGUAUAUGUAGUCCAACACCCUAUCUAUUAGUUUAAAUGUUAUGUUAGAGUGACCCCCGACACAGACCAGUGAGAAGCACAUACACAAAAGCCUGUGCUACUGAGUGUUACAGUGGUGGCUGUUGUCUGUGAUCAGUUCUGAAUACCCAGUCAAAACAGUCCUCUCCAUAUUCAGUACAAAUCCCACCAGCUUGGCAGUCAGCCAUGCACAGCCAAAACAUCUGACAGGCAAUUUAUUACUUUUGUGACUGAGUAGUUUUUUUUGUAAAAAUAGGUCUACCCAUAAUAAGUUAUGUUAAUGUCAUGUAUACUUGUGUUUUGUUCUGAUUCAAAUCAAGUGUGAAAAAACCUUGAAAAUCAAAGAAGUCUUCAGCUGUGUUAUAAAAUAAAGAAAACUCACCAUUGUUUUUCAAAAUUAUUAUUAUUUUAUUUUUUAUAUAUAUAUACCCAACCUUUUGAAAAUGUUUGCAACAUCUUGCUUUUUAUACAGAUGCUCAAGCUUGGAAUGGAUGUUUGUAUUUGAGUGGAUUUUUGUGUUGAUAAUUUAUAACUUAAGUGAAUAAUAAAUAACACAAGGCAUACAUAGAAGGAGGUAUACUAGUUUGUUGUAUUUUGCAGUGUAAAAAAAGUUAUUGAUGAAACUGUAUGAUGAAGCAAUGAAAGUCAUAGGAAGCAGAUGUUGUUAAAAAAAAUGGUUAAAAAGUGUCUACUUUCCCUGACUCUGUUAACGCACAGGGUAAUCCUGACUGUCAGUCUGUCUGUUCAGAGCAUCAACAGGUUUCAGACUGAAGACAAGAAAUCCAUCUUUCAGCAGCUGUUUGGUACAGCAAACCAAGUGUAUUACGUAAGACGUACGGAAAGUCAUACAUAAAACUAUGUGACUUUUUUUUUUGUUCACUGAAGAAAAUAAGAUAUAUUUGGUCUAUAAUUUUUGUUCAUAAAAAAAAUCACUGUACACUGAACAAAAAGAUAAACGUAAACAUGUAAAGUGUUGGUCCAAUGUUUCAUGAGCUGAAAUAAAAGAUCUCCGAAAUUUUUCAUACACAAAUUUGUUUACAGCCCUGUUAGCGAGCAUUUCCACUUUGCAUAGAUUUUUAAAAUCCUUUAGGAUUAAAGGCAAGUCAGUUAAGAACAAAUUCUUACUUACAAUGACGGCCUACCCCGGACGACACUGGGCCUAUUGUGCACCACUGUUACGGACUCCCAAUCACAGCUGGAUGUGAUACAGACUGGAUUUGAACCAGGAACUAUAGUGACGCUUCUUGCACUGAGAUGCAUAGCCUUAGACCGUUGUGGCACUCGGGAGCCCAAGAUAAUCCAUCCACCUGACAGGUUUGGCAUAUCAAGACGCUGAUUAAACCACAUGAUCAUUACACAGGUGCACCUUGUGAUGGGGACAAUAAAAGACCAUUCUUAAAUGUGCAGUUUUGUCACACAACACAAUGCCACAGAUAUCUCUUGAGGGAGCGUGCAAUCCGCAUGCUGACAGCAGGAAUGUCCACCAGACCUGUUGCCAGAUAAUUGUAUGUUAAUUUGUCUGCCAUAAGCCACCUCCAAUGUCUUUUUAAAGAAUUUGGCAGUACGUCCAACCAGCCUCACAACUGGACAGGCAUGAGCUACGGACAACGAACACAAUUGCAUUUUAUCGAUGGCAAUUUGAAUGCACAGAGACUGUGACAAGAUCCUGAGGCCCAUUGUCGUGCCAUUCAUCCGCCACCAUCACCUCGUGUUUCAGCAUGAUAAUGCAAAGCGCCAUGUCACAAGGAUCUGUACACAAUUCCUGGAAGCUGAAAAUGUCCCAAUUAUUCCAUGGCGUGCAUACUCACCAGACAUGUCACCCAUUGAGCAUGUGUGGGAUGCUCUGGAUUGACGUGUACGACAACAUGUUCCAGUUCCCGCCAAUAUAGAGCAACUUCACACAGCCAUUGAAGAGGAGUGGGACAACAUUCCACAGGCCACAAUCAACAGCCUGAUCAACUCUAUGUGAAGCAGAUGUUUUGCGCUGCAUGAAGCAAAUGGUGGUCACACCAGAUACUGACCGGUUUUCUGAUCCAUGCCCCUACCUUUUUUUAAAGGUAUCUGUGACCAACAGAUUCCCAGUCCGUAUUCCCAGUCAUGUGAAAUCCGUAGAUUUGGGCCUCAUUUAUUUAUUUCAAUUGACUGAUUUCCUUAUAUGAACUGUAACUAAGGUAAAUCUUUGAAAUUGUUGCAUGUUGCGUUGAUAUUUUUGUUCAGUGUAGUGUUUUGCAUCUUUCUUUUCUUGUUUGUAAAAGGCUGUCUGAACAUGAGGUGAAAAAUGGCACCUGGACAUUUGCCCGUUCUGUGUUAAUGACAGAAUAUACAGUGUAUUCGGAAAGUACUCAGACUCCUUGAAUUUUUCCACAUUUUGUUAAGUGACAGCCUUACUCUAAAUUGGAUUCAAUUGUUUUGUUUCCUCAUCAAACUACACACAUUACGCCAUAAUGACAUAGCAUGAACAGUUUUUUAGAAAAACGGAAAUAUUACAUUUACAUAAGUAUUUAGACCCUUUACUCAGUACUUUGUUGAAGCACCUUUGGCAGCGAUUACAGCCUCAACUUGAGUAUAUCGCUACAAGCUUGGCACACCUGUAUUUGGGGAGUUUCUCCCAUUCUUCUGUGCAGAUCCUGUCAAGCUCUGUCAGGUUGGAUGGGGAGCAUUGAUUGCAUAGCUAUUUUCAGGUCUCUCCAGAGAUGUUCGAUUGGGUUCAAGUCCGGGCUCUGGCUGGGCCACUCAAGGACAUUCAGAGACUUGUCCUGAACCCACUCCUGCAUUGUCUUGGCUAUGAGCUUAGGGUCGUUGUCCUAUUGUAAGGUGAACCUUCACCCCAGUCUGAGGUCCUGAGCGCUCUGGAGCAGGUUUUCAUCAAGGAUCUCCCUGUACUUUGUUCCCUUCAUCUUUGCCUCGAUCCUGACUAGCCUCCCAGUCCGUGCUGCUGAAAAACAUCCAAACAGCAGGAGGCUGCCACCGCCAUGCUUGACCGUAGGGAUGGUGCCAGGUUUCCUCCAGAUGUGAUGCUUGGCAUUCAGGCCAAAGAGUUCAAUCUUGGUUUCAUCAGACCAGAGAAUUGUCUGAUUGUCCUUAGGUGCCUUUUGGUAAAUUCCAAGCGGGCUGUCAUGUGCCUUUUACAGAGGAGUGGCUUCCGUCUUGCCACUCUACCAUAAAGGCCUAAUUUUGAAAAAGUCAAGGUGUCUGAAUACUUUCCGAAGGCACUGUACAUGGAUGAAAAGUAUUAUAUUUGCUUGCAGCUACACAACUAAUCAAUUAUAUUGUCAUUAUGGCCUUUCAAGAGGACAAUGAUGUUUACUGCACAAAUACAUCUGAUGGAAUUGAUUGAAAUUGAAUAGAACAGAUAGCCAGAUUGCAGGUUUCCAUUAAAAAGUCCAAACAUGCUUGUGACUGAAUGGUCCCAAUUAUGGAUGGUAGAGUCCUUUCUAAUAACAUAUUUUUAAAGCCAAAAUAAUUGUACCUAUUUAUCGAGAUACUCACUUUAUUUAAAGUACCACAAUUCUACAUAUACUGUAAUAAAUGUAUGUAUAUAUUGUACACACAGUGCUGUUUCUAGGCACAAUCCACAUAAGCAGCAGCUUAAAAAGAGUUGGCCACUAAAAUGUUUUACUCGUGAUGUCGGUGGGCCCCCCAACCAAAUCUUGCUUAGGGCCCCCAAAUGCUAGAUUUUUGCUACAUUUUAAUAUAUCAGAGACAGAGUACACAGGCAGAUGUGACCCUCGCAUUUUAAUUUUUUUAAUAUUAUUUUUAUUUCACCUUUAUUUAACCAGGUAGGCCAGUUGAGAACAAGUUCUCAUUUACAACUGCGACCUGGCCAAGAUAGAGCAAAGCAGUGUGACACAAACAACUGAGUGACACAUGGGAUAAACAAAUGUACAGUCAAUAACACAACAGAAAAACACAAUAGAAACGUCUAUAUACAGUGUGUGCAAAAAGUAUUAUUUUUUUCUUGCAUUGAAGACAGUAUAGAAGAGAAUACCCUGUGCCAGGUAAUGUUAUUUUAGGCUCUUGUUUGUGACACAUGCCAUUCCAAUUCUCCAUCUAAUCAUAUUAUCAGAGCAAUUGCAGGCUAUAAGCUUAAAAUAUGAGGUUCCACAUUAAUAACAACUGGUCUGACCCCAUAGCAUACCCUGAUUGUAAGAUAUUAAACGUGGCAAAGGCAGCUAGUUAGGUUACUAUGCCAUACAUAUUUUAAGUUUAAUCUACAUAUUGGGUCACUCAUAAUAGUUUCAAUUUAAUCUUGAGAUGAUCACUUGUUUUAUGGGAAUACAAAUAUUGAACUCAAAUUCACCUGUGGUUCUGGCAGGUGACCCAACAUUGUUUAGACAUACUUGAAUCCUCCCCGUCAAGCACACACUUAUGACGAAAGUGAUUAUUAUUCUUCCUUUAGAUGACUGACAUUUAUUUAUUUUUUGCUGUGUUUUGUCUGACGAACAUUACACCAAGUCACCUCACCUGAAUAAUAUGGACUAGUGCAGAAUACCUGUUGCUGUUUGUCUUGCUUAUCAUAAUCAGAUGUAGUAUUUUUUUUAUUUUUAACAUUUGUCAUAUGAAUAGAAAAAUGAAAGAUGUACGGUGCGUUCGGAAAGUAGUCAGACCCCUUGACUUUUCCACAUUUUGUUACGUUACAGCCUUAUUCUUAAAUAGAUGAAACCGUUUGUUUCCCUCAUCAAUCUACACACAAUACCCCAUAAUUACGAAGCAAAGACAGAUUUUUAGAAAUGUUUGCAAAUUUAUAAAAAAUAAACAACUUAAAUAUCACAUGUACAUAAUUAUUCAGACCCUUUACUCAGUACUUUGUUGAAGCACCUUUGGCAGUGAUUACAGCCUCAAGUCUUCUUGGGUAUGACGCUACCAGCUUGCAACACCUGUAUUUGGGGAGUUUCUCCCAUUCUUCCCUGCAGAUCCUCUCAAGCUCUGUCAGGUUGGAUGGGGAGCGUCUCUGCACAGAUAUUUUCAGGUCUCUCCAGAGACGUUCGAUCCGGUUCAAGUCUGGGCUCUGGCUGGGCCACCCAAUCAAUUGAAUUUACCACAGGUUGACCCCAAUCAAGUUGUAGAAACAUCUCAAGGAUGAUUCAUGUAAGCAGGAUGCACCCAAGCUCAAUUUUGAGUCUCAUAGGAAAGGGUCUGAAUAAUAAAUAAGGUAUUUCUGUUUUUUAUUUUUAAUACAUUUGCAAACAUCUCUGAAAACCUGCUUUUGCGUCGUCAUUGUCGGGUAUUGUGUGUAGAUUGAUGAGGAUUUUUAUUGAAUCAAUUUUAGGAUAAGUCUAACGUAGCAAAAUGUGGAAAAGGUAAAGGGGUCAGAAUACUUUCAAAAUGCACUGUAUAUGUACAGGUGACUGCUAAAAUGAAGGAAACACCAACAUAAAGUGUCUUAAUAGGGCGUAGAGCCACCACGAACUAGAACAGCUUCAAUGAACCUUGGCAUAGAUUCUACAAGUGAAUGGAACUAUUGUUGAUGGUGGUGGAAAAUGCUGUCUCAACCGUCGCUCCAGAAUCUCCCACAAGGGUUCAAUUGGGUUGAGAUCUCGUGACUGAGACGGCAAUGACAUAUAGUUUACAUUCUUUUCAUGCUCAUCAAACCAUUCUGUGACCACUCAUGUCCUGUGGAUGGGGGAGCAUUGUCAUCCUAUCGGGGCAUAGCCAUGGUAGCCAAAGUAAUGGCCUGCCUAGCAUUUUUUUCGUACCCUAGGCAUGAUGGGAUGUUCAUUUCUUAAUUAACUCAAAACCACACCUGUGUGGAAGCACCUGCUUUCAAUACCCUUUGUAUCCCUCAUUUCCAUGAUUUUAGCAGUUACCUGUAAAUGCUUAAUAGUUGUUUUUGUUAAAAGGAAAUAUUUGCCACUUGACAGAAUUAGAAUAAAGAAAAUGUUGUCAAGCCUAAGGUUGAACUAUACUGAAAAAUGAUAUGUAAAGUGUUGGUCCCAUGUUUCAUGAGCCGAAAUAAAUUAGCCCAGAAAUGUUCCAUAUGCACAAAAAGCUUAUUUCUCUCAAAUGUGUUUACAUCCUUGUUAGGGAGUUUU